ACAUCAUUACAGUAGUCAUACUUGUUAGCAUCAGUAUUAACUUCUUAGAAUUUUAUAAAAAUGUCUCUAGUCAAUGGAAAAUACGUUAAGAGUGGAGAAGAAGGCUUCAAAGAAUUUAUGAUCAGCCAAGGAAUGCCAGAAAAUUUCGCCCAACGUCCACAAGAUGAGAAAUUCAUAAGUGAAUACAAACUAGACGGAAAUAAACUGACCAGAAGUCAUAUUGUUGAAGGAGCUGCUGACAAAACACGAACGAGAGAGAUCAUUUUAGGACAAGAAUAUGAAGAACAAUUUGGGCCCCGUAAAGUUAAGAAUGUGGCAACACUUGAAGGGAAUGUUCUCACAAUAACAAGUCUUAAGGAAGAUGGAUCUACAGGAAUAUCAAGAAUACACACUUUUUCCGAAGAUGGAUUAGUAGUUGUUCAUAAAAGCAGCAAAGGAGAAGGAAAACUUUUGUUCAAGAGGUUGUAAGUGAACAAACACAAACAUUAUACGGGUAGAUAUAAUAUUUUCUAAAAUUUUUAAAUAAAGAAUUCUAAAAAGUUAA